AUGACUCAUUUUCUCUUUGUAAAUUUGCUGCUUGCAGCUGUGCUAUGGACUACAGGUAAGAAGCCGGGCAGGAGCUAGAAGUGGCGAGAAUAUAAACUAGAGAAUUCGGAGAAUGAAAAGGCAUAAUGAGGUGUCUAUUAUUCCGUAAUUGCAUCUCGAAAAGUUGCCCUAUUCCAUCUGUUAUUCUGCCCACAAAAAGGGCAUUAUAUCAUUAUUCCAACUCGACAAUUUCCGUUAUUCCAUAAUUCAAACGCGAACAUUUCCAUUAUUCCUAUUGCAUGAACAUAAAUUUUCGAGUUGAAUACAUUGACGUUUAUAAUCCUGGUUUUUGAUUACUGAAUUCCUCUCCACAGAUGCCAGUACCUCCCCAGUAAUACAUUCACUCAAUAGUACAGUCACUGCAGUGAGAGGCUCCGACGUUACAUUGGUUUGCCAAGGAACUAAUGUGCAACGACUCGAUAGCUUUUUUAAGUGGAAGUUUAACAACGAGACAGUAGAGAAUAAAGAAAACAGGAAUACCAAAGUAACCUGGCUUCAAGGAAAACAGGCAAAGUCUUCUCUAGCUAUCUUAAAUGUAUCAGAGAAAGAUGUCGGUGACUAUCGUUGCAUUGCCCACGUUAGUAACUUUCUCAAAACCGACAAAGCCGAAGCUUCAAUAAAGCUGCGUUUAUAUGAAAGCAGUAAGUAUAACUUUUUUACCUUCGCUAGAUUUAUAAGUAAGAGCAAAUUUUGUGUAAAUGUAAAGUGUAUUAGUUCUUUGUUUCUGGUAGAAAAACAACCUCUUGAGACUAGACUAUGUUUAAAGUGGUCGUUUGCAAGAGUUUGAAGACAGUUUUUUAAAAUAAACGUUAUCCAAAGAGAGGCCGAUGAAUGUUCAAUUAAGACUUGACCGGGAUCAGAAACAUAAAACCGCGCAUUAAAGUAUCUGAUACCCAAGUGGGCCCAGUUGUUCAAAGGUCGACUAGCACUUAACCCAGGGUUAAAUUUAACCCGGGUUUCUUUUUCUUUGGGGUGCAAAAAGCAUUUUCUCGGAUAAUUUUCUCUGUUAUUUUCAAGAGCAUUCAAUCAUCAACUUGUUGACAAAAAGAAUUAAGCUAAAGUUACUUUUUAAGCUUUCAUAUCUGAAUUCAAAUUUUGCACUAACCCUGCGUUAUCUUAACCCAGCUUUGAAAAACCCGGCCCAAGGUAAUAACGUUCAAAAUCCUCUUUGUUUAUUUAGUGAAGUUGUCAGAGAGCUCUACCCCUCCCUAAGCUAACAUUAAUACUUCCUUCUCACUUAGGGCAAAAUUAUGGCUUAGGGGGGGGUGGGUGGGCAUUUUUCAGAAACCUAACUUCUUCCUACUUUCUCACAGCACUGAACCUCACAGCAUCGCCACCAAAUGUCAUCAUUGAAGAAGGGCGCACUGCGUCACUGCAAUGUGAAGUCAUGUGCUCAAAAGCAAUGGACGUUUGGACAUUCUGGCUUUUCAAGGGCAAAAUGAUUGAAGCUACACCAUUUCAUACAGGAAACGAGCAUGAUUUAAGUAACACAGUCACAAACAUCUCAACGUUCGUACUAAAGAAUGCCAUGCUAUCACAGACUGGCGUAUACACGUGUGGUGCUAAUUCAACUGGCGUUAUGAAAACACAGAAUAUAACCGUGACAGUGAAAGACUUGGAAGGUCCAACUCUAGUGCAAACCAAAUCGAAUAUAGACGCUGUUGACGGCCAAAAUAUAACGCUAAGUUGCAAUGCAGUGUACCCGGAAGCGUUUUUUUUUGUCGACACGUUUUGGAUUUUUAACGGCAGCCGGAUAAACAGUAACGACAAGUAUAAAAAAAAACACUUCCCUUGGUUGGAACAAUCAGAACAGAGCAUAAAGAGAGUGAAGAUUGGAUUGACUAUUUAUAACGUUGGACUGAACGACAGCGGCGAGUAUACAUGUGCUCUUAACACCUCACUUGGCUUACACCUGAAAAACGUUAGUUUUAAGGUCACGCGGAAACCACGCUCCCAACCAGAUUUCCAUAUUCAGCCACCUACUAAAAUGCCUGAGACUCCCGGGGAAAGCAGAUUUGCUUGGAACUACACUGUUCAUUGGUCUGGGUCUCUUUGUUGGAUUGGUGACGACCAUAAUAGUUUCUAUGAAGCUAUGGAGAUGGCCAAAACCCAGGCCUCCAAAAUCAAGUAAGUCAAUGAUGAAAUACAUCAGAUGUUAGAUGAUGCGUUCCACUUUUAUGUCCGAGUCUUUUUACUCGGGCACUGGGAGCACACUGUGUUUUGUUUUUAUUUUAGCCCCUGAGCAAUCAAUUCUUUGUUUUUCCCUGUUAAUCUCACAUUUCAAAAAAGGCGUCUGAUAAGGAGAUAUGGAGUAUAUGUGUAGAGAAUUACUUAUCGGGUACUCAAGGCCUGAGCAGAACACCAUUUUAUGCGGAUACCCGAGCACUGUUCAGGUGAACCAAGCGUUUCGCCGUUACCAGACCUCAGCUGUCCUUUUUGCAACUCCUCUGUAGAAGAAAAACCCCUUCGGAAUCAACGCUAGCUAGCGUCUUUUCUUCUUGUUCCAAUACUCAUCGUUUUUUUUUUCUUGCCUCCUAGUUAAAUCUCCCCCAGAUCUGGACGCAGGAGACUUCGAGUAUGA